CUUUCGGUUUGCUUGCAACAGUGAACACUGUGGUAGAAAUUGGCAGUGUCGUUAAUGUCAAUGUCUGAAACGUCAAAGAAUUCCUAAAAGGAACACUCACAUGUCACGUGCGACUGAACCAGAUUAACUUUGUGACACUUUGGAGUGUUUGCCUCAUUUGGUUCAUGUACGAUUGAAUGAGCUGCAGAGCACAGACCGGUCAUAAGAACGGAGUUGCGAACUUUAUGCGGCACACUUAUUUUCUGGCAGCCUGAAAACGUGAUAUAAUGGAGACUGCAGGCAAGGUUAUCAAAUGCAAGGCUGCGAUCGCCUGGGAGCCAGUGAAACCCCUGUCUAUUGAAGAGGUGGAGGUGGCACCACCGCAGGCUCAUGAAGUUCGCAUUAAGAUGGCUGCUACUGGAGUGUGUCACACUGAUCUCUAUGUUCUGAAUGAUGUAAAAAACGAGAAAGGGUUCCCAGUGAUCCUGGGACAUGAAGGAGCUGGGGUUGUGGAGAGUGUUGGAGAGGGAGUGACCAAAUUCAAACCAGGUGACAAAGUCAUUCCUCUCAUUAUUUCCCAAUGUGGAGAAUGUGAAGGCUGUUUGAGUCCCAAAACCAAUCUGUGUGAUAAAAACUGGUAUAACUUGUCACACGACAUGAUGCUUGAAAAGUCUAGGAUUACCUGUAAGGGGAAGCAAAUCCUCCAUUUCACUGGCACUAGCACCUUCUGUGAGUACACUGUAGUCAACGACAUCUCACUGUGCAAGAUUGAUGACUCGGCCCCUCUUGAUAAAGUCUGCCUGCUUGCCUGUGGCAUUUCCACUGGGUACGGAGCUGCACUCAACACCGCCAAGGUUGAACCCGGCUCUUCCUGUGCUGUGUUUGGUCUGGGAGCAGUGGGCUUGGCCACUGUGAUGGGAUGUAAUGCAGCGGGAGCCUCUCGGAUCAUUGCAGUCGACAUCAACCCAGCCAAGUUUGAGAAGGCAAAGGAGUUUGGAGCCACUGAGUGCCUCAACCCCCAGGAUCACAGCAAACCUGUCCAGGAGGUGCUGGUGGAGAUGACAGGCAGAGGGGUGGACUAUUCUUUUGAGUGUGUCGGCAACGUUGAGGUUAUGAGAGCUGCCCUUGAGGCUUGUCGCCAAGGCUGGGGAACCAGCGUUAUUGUAGGCUGGACCGAGCGUGAGGAAGUUUCCGUCUCGCCAGUGCAGCUAAUAGGUGGACGCACAUGGAAGGGAACGUGCUUUGGAGGAUGGAAGAGUGUGGAGAGCGUACCCAAGCUGGUGAACGAUUACAUGGCAAAGAAAAUGAAGCUGGAUGAGUUCAUCACCCACACUCUGCCCUUGGACCGUGUUAACGAGGCAUUUGACCUGAUGACCUCUGGGAAAAGCAUUAGAACCGUCCUGGUAUUUUAGGUUUGAGAGGCCACUCACAGAAACUAUUCCUCAUCAAAUCCCAUCAACAACUUUCUGUGUACCCAAAAUCAUCUCUAAAAUGUUAUAUAUACAAGGAAAGCUAAGUAACAGAAAUAUAAGUUCAAUAUGUCGUGCACCAAAAAAGCUAAAUAGUUAACAAUGAAGGAGUGUUUAUUCCAGUUUACUAGUGCUAAUGAUGUGUAAUCCCCAGGGACAAAAAAUAAAAAAAAAACCCUGAAAACAGCCUUCUGCAGCUGGAUUCUCUGUUACACCUAUUCUCGACUGGCCUAUCAGAGUGAGCCAAGAAUAACUCCCACUAAAUCUCUCUCUCUCUCUC